AUGGCCUCCUUCCUGCCAUCGCAGGUCACAGCGCGGAAUUCCAAUGGUUUAGCGGGUGUUAAAAGUGAUGCGGUUUCUUCUACCAUGUCAACUCACUUUACACCAUUGAACCAUUCCAACACCAACACCAACACCAACGCCACCAUACCGCAACCCGGCUGCUUAUCCACGCAAUGCAGCGGAACCGGAACUGUUAAUAAUGAUGUGCAGGUGGUGACAGCUGCUAGCGGUUGCAAUGCCACGAACAACCCUUUUGAUAUUUUCAGUAGUUAUGUCGCGUCCUCCGCUCUCAACAGUGUUGCCAUUUCCAAUAAUGUGGUAAACAGUCACGUAGAGGCCUCGAAGGAGGAUGUUUCCGUUUCUCGUUUAUCCAACAAUUCGGCAACGUUGGCGCCUACUGCCGACUUCAACCCCGCAUUGCCAGGUUGUGUGGCUGAAAUGCAAAAAUUUAUGUCUGACCGCUCGAUCCGGCCUGAGGAGAAGGAAGCCGUUUCCAUAAUUGAAUUUGCGUUGGGGCGUUACGCAGUGGCUCGGAUGCAAGUUAAACAGCGGCUCGAAGAAGGUGAGGCCAUACUUCGGCGUUGGGAUGAGCUUCAAAAGGCUAUUGAAUGUGCUGCCGCUUCAUUUCAGGCAACAUCAGCUGCUUCCUUAACGGACAGCUUUUUAUUUACAUCUCCGCAGCAACCGCUGCAGCACAUGGUGCCAAAUGGUCCUGUCGGUUCAGUCAAGGGGCAGCGAGGCCGUUCGCGGGUGGACGUUGAUUUGAGUGAAUGCAAGGGAAUUCUGUCGCAUGUGGGAACAUUUGCUCAGAGCUUCAAGAAACUUCGGGAGGAACAAGAUCAAGUGUGCGCUGCUCUGGGGGAUAUUCAGACCAAAUCUCCUUCUCAUAACAAUGGCCAGUCCCUCGGGUUCCCUUUUGUAGUACCACCCCAACGGGAGCAGUUGUCGCUUGGCGGGCAUCCUGUUGAUGACCUUCAGGUUACUGUUCAUGUGUGUGGACUUCGGUUGCGGCAACAGUGGGAGGAGGUUGUGGGCGCCAGUUGUGGCGAUUUAUUGCGUGGACUAAAGGAAAAUGUAACGGCAAACCGAGCAUUGGUUGCUUUGCAAGGGUUGUGUAACGACGCACGGGAACGACUGAACGAUAUGAGAACUCGUAUCGCCCGCCUCGGUUCCAACCGUGUAGAGGAAGCGGGACGCCUCGAUGAGCGUUUGGCUGCUAUGGACAGUUACGAUCCCACGAUGGAGGAAUAUGAAGCAAGGCGACGACAGAUAGACACGGAAUUAUCCACCGUGAAGGGUUGGCUGGAGGCCAUUGUUCAGGUUCAGGCUUCUGCAGACCAGCUUCACGAAACUCUCCGUUCCUGGUCUGCUGGCAUCGAUAUCGGCACGGUAUUAUCACCACAUCAACAUCAACAACAGCAGGAGGGGCCGGCUUCUGCAAACGACAGGGCGUCGAGUUGCUGGGCGGUGUCCACCCCAUCGGCAACGACGGCCGCAGCUUCAAUUGCGGAAUGCCGCCUGUCAUCCAUAAGGUCAAGUUGCCAAACUGGUGGUGCUCCCGACUGUCGUGCAACAUAUCCUCAAGUAAAUGCUGCACCAUCUCCAGUGAUGCGUAUGAUUGGGACUACAGUUCUCCCUUUAACACGUUAUGAUAGCACUCGUGUUGGUGACGACACUACAACAGCAACAACAGCUCCUACCACUACUACUUUUGUUGCUGCUAAUGGUGUAACGGGUGUUAUGGCUAACCAAAAUGUUUCGAUGCCUCCGCAGCAUGUUGAAAACAUUUGCAUCAGCGUCCCGACCAGCGGAAAUGAGGGAAGUGCAGUCGUGUGCAGUGAUAAGAAACUGCCAUCAUCUUCUGAUAUUCAAACUGCUAAUGCGCCGAAGGAACUUGGCAACGGUGCUCUCGUUGUACAAUUGAAGGAUGAAUGUGCUGCAGUUGCGGUGCGAGAUGGAACUGUGGCGGAUGCAGCUGUUGUUGUUGAAGCCAAUAAAAGGAAGGUGCGUCCAAGUAAUGAAACAAAUAAUGGGGAGGGAAAUGCUGCCGUUUGCCGCGAUGAGAAUGACGAUGAUGUUGAUGAUGUUGAUGAUGAUGAUGAUGAUGACGCUGACAGUCGAACUUCAUUAUUUCAUCCUAGCGCUUUCAGUGGUGGUGAUCGUAAGAAGCGGCGUCGGCGUGAGCGGGAGCCCAAACGUAAUGGUUGUAUGAACACAUUUGCUUCAUUUUUCAGGGCGGUUAUAAAUCGUGCGACUGAUGCAGGUGAGUCUGAUGGAGGAUCUCGCACUGAUGGAGAGGAAUAUGAAGGCUCCGAUGCGAGUGAUGAUGAAGAUACUGAACAAUUACAUAAGAAAACAAGAGUGCGGCUGUGGUAG